UAUUCUCCAAGCAUGCGCAAUAACAGUGCCAGACCCAAGCAAAGGAACACUAGGAAAAGUUGAUAUCGGAUUUAGAGACCAGACUUAUGUUUAUAGAAGCAUCUUCACAUUGAUAUCAUCAUCGGUUAGGAUGGCUAAUACGACUGUAGAUGAUUGGCUUCGGUCUUUGGGCCUUCUAAAUUAUGUACAGGCAUUUAUAGACAAUGGUUAUGAUGACUUAGAUAUCUGUAAACAAAUUGGGGACGAAGAUCUUGAUGCUAUCGGUGUGAUUAACGCCAAGGACAGAAAAGACAUUCUAGCUUCUGUGCAAAGCCUUAAGGACCAAGGUGUAAAUGCAGUGUACUUUCAACUCGAAGCCACUAGCGUCGAACCAACAAUAUCUACGCGAUUCGGUGGUCAAACGGAUCGAGAAAAAUACCCGAGGAAUGAACUGAUAAUUAAGAUGAAGUCGUUACUUAAAGAAGACAGUUGUGUGCUGCCUGAACACAAUCCUAAUAAUGAUCAUGAUCCAUUAGAUGACUUAGCUCAGUACUAUGCUGAUCAACUGUACACAUAUUUCCAAGAUGUCAAAGAUGUUUUAGAAUUUCUCAGAGAUGGUGAAUCAAAUGAAGGACCAAAAGAAGAGCUCCGUACUCCAACUCUGCCCAGAAAAAAGGAAAGUACAUUAGUACUUCAGGAGUCUAAAGGACUGUCAAAAAGUCUUGGCUCUUUAGAUGUAGCAAAUGUGAAGAACAAGGGACACAAAUCACCCAAACAUGGUAUCAGUAGGUUGUUUUCAAACAAGAAAAAGAGCUAUGUCGCUCAGCCACCAAAAAUCAGCGGCCCUGUAGAGACAGCAGCUCUCUUUACGUCAAAUGUUGCCAUGAGUAAUGUUCACAUGAGUAAUGAAGAUAGAAAAAGUCUAAUGCUUCAAGUUAAACAUGGUGACAUUACUCAGGAUGAAGCCCUCAGAAAUUUUCUAAGUUAUGAGGCAAAUCAGACUGUGAAAGAACAAAAAGAGGACAAGGCAAAUGAAGGCAAGCAAAAUAAGAAGAAAAAGGGUGGACUAUUUAACCGAGGCAGUUUCAAACGUCGCUCAAGUGGCCAUGCACAAAGCUCAGAAAUAUUGGCAGCAGAUAUUCAGUUGGGAGAGAGAGAUCGCAUGGAAUUGAUGAGAAAGAUUAAGAAUAAGGAAAUUACAACAGAAGAGGCAUGGGAUCAACUCAGAAAGUUUGGCAGCAAGCGUGAAAGUAAAACAAAGUCUCCCAAAAUAUCAAGAAAAGGCUCCAAAUCACCGAAACAAAGAGAGAGAAUAUCUGCUUCAUCUGUGCAGCUCUUUUCUUCAACAUUUUACACAGGUGGGGAUCAAGAUAUCUCCCAAAGUACAAGUAAUAUUCCGUCAGCCACUGGUUCAGAUUCUUCUCCUGAUUCAACGCCAGGGCUUCAGCGUAAAGAGCUUGGAUCAAGUGGAAGCAUUGAGUUUGAUCCUAAAAAUCCAGGGAAUUAUUCAAGACCAGCUCGACCGGCUCCAGCUGUGCCCCCAAAGCGCAGUUCAUCUGGAAAGAACGCAGGCGGCGAUCUUCGUCGUGUGGUGUCGGAUAAACGACAGUCAAAAGAACCGCCGGUAGAGGGAAAAAGACGAAGCACUUUAGCAAAUGUGGAAUCAACCCGUUCAUCAACUUCAAGCUUGAAUGGAUCAUCAGAUAGUUUGGAAAGGCAAUCACCUAGUCCACCUGUGAAGAAACCACCAAGACUUCUCAAGAGUAAGCCUCCUAUUUCACCUCAACUUGAAAAGAAAACCAAGACAGAUUCCUUACCCAGGCGAACUAAUGGUAAUGAACAGGAAGGGAAGAAACCGGUGAUACCAGUUAAACCAGCUUUACCGGCUAAACCGGUUUUACCGCCCAAACCUGGUAGACUUACCCCAGGAGAAAAAUCAAACAGUCUUCCGAAGAAGGUUCCACUGGUAUCACUUGUGAAUGGCCUGGCAUGCAACGAGAACAUUAAUAAUGAUGCCGAAGUUCAGACGAAAGCAGAAGUGACGUCAGAGAGUAAUGCGACGUCACAGCAAGAGAGAUCCAGUCUUCCACCCGCACGACCUUCGCCUGAGACGCGGGUUUCUCGUCAUAAGCCUAGCGGGACAAAAUUGCUGGAAAUGAUCGAACGAAAAUUGGAUGAUGAAGGGAUUGAUUUAGUACAAGAACCAUAUUCUAAUGAGGAUGGUAAAUGGGGAGUGCCAAUGGCAUUGAUUGAUCGAUAUUCCCUUGAGCUGCAAUCCACAAUGACAGAUGUUACAAAAGAGAUUGAUCAUAUACGAAUCGAGAAACUGAAUCAUGUCAAGAAAAAAGCGACCCCGUGUGAUCUUUCAAAACUCCGUUUCGCUCCUGACGUUGUAGGCAAGCUCAGUUCUUUGGUGGACUGGUUGACCUCGCUUGGUCUUCCUAUGUACAUUGAUAAUCUGCUUGACGAAGGUUAUGACGACAUGCAUACGAUACCUUAUCUUUCACAAGAACAUUUACAAUACGCUAAAAUUACUAAACCUGAACACAUAAACAGACUCAUCAGAUCCAUUGAGAACAUGGCUCCAGACACCGCGUCAUACAAUGGGGAUUAGUUUCUAGUUAUCGAUUAGCUGUGCAAAACCUCUGUGCAAAACCAUCUGCAUUGCGGAAAACAAGUGAAAAGGAUUGCCCGAUUUGGAUUCCGGGCGAUAAUAUUGCAAUAGUUCACAUGUGUUGUUGCAAAUUUGAAUAAUUUACGUUACCAUGCUGUGGAAUAAUUUUAAUAACUAAAUUUGGUAAUAUAGGAGAAUGGUACGCUGCAUUUAUACUGUUAUUU